AUGGACCCUUCAUCCGAGUCCUUUUAUGAUGGGGACGUGUUACAGAAAUCUUUCCAGUUGUUUCUGAAUCGCAGCGAUGAAAUCAAGGAAGUCCCAGACCAUACAAAACUCACAAGAGCAGUACAGACUGUUGAUGUAACCAAUGUCUUGAGUGAUUUAAAUUCACUGUCUCUUCUCAGCAAAGAAAAAUCACAAAUAUACAUCAUUGGGGUUGGGAGCGGAACAGGUUGCUGUGACCUGGAGAUGAUCUCCCAGCUGCGCCUGAAGCACCCUGGGGUGAAGGUGGAGGUGGAGGUGGUGGAGCCCAGCGGCCGUGAGAUUCUCAUCUUAAAAGGCUUCUCCAUGUUGGACCAUGUUAACUUCACCUGGAACCAGAUGACGUCUGAGAAGUUUGAGGAGCAGUGGAGACAGAGAAACAGCACCACGAAGGCCGACUUGAUCCAUAUGCUCCAUAUCCUGUACUAUGUGGACGAAUGUAGGAGCUACCAUCAGCUUCUACCAGAGCCUCCUCGAGAAGAACGGAAAACUGCUGAUCACACUAGAGCCGAAAGACAGCGUUUUACCUCAGCUUGCCAGAAUGGUGACCGGACAACUGAUGACAUCAAGAGCCUGCUGGAUGAAAGCGGGGUCCCCUAUCAGAGCUACAGGCUGCAGUCCUGGACAGACGUGACCGAGUGUUUCACAGAAGGAGAGGAGAACGGAGAGCUGCUGCUCAACUUUAUAACUGUGGUGGAGGAUUUCAGUAAAAAGGCUUUUCCCGAGCUCAGGCAGGAGGUGCUGAAGUUUCUGCGUGACCCUCAACACUGUGUCGAGAAAGAUGGCAAAAUCCUGGCCAACUCCGUCUUUGAGGCCCUGGUACUGGGUGCUUCAGAUUAAGUUAAAGGUGCUCUAUGUAACUUUUUGGUUGUCACCUUCUUGUUUCUAUGGAGAUGUCAUUGCUCUGCCUGGAAUGUUCCGUAGUAUGACAUUUAACAGUCCCUCUUUACAUUUGUUCAGUUACAGGUGGUUUUAUAGCUCAAAAAUACCUAGAAAAACAGACCUCAGUAUGGUAUUACAGCUUUAAUGAACAAAAACUCAACAUUUCAGUUCAUUUGAAACCCAAAGACACAUUGAACAUUGAACCAAAUGAUAAAAUAGAAACAACUUUAAAUUACAGUUUUGUACAACAUGAGCUACAGGCUUAGAAAAGCAAAGGCACUCGAGGCUUUAGAAAAUUGAGUUUAAAGUUACAAAAGUAUUAUAAAGUAAUGGGAGGUUUCAAAUGACAUCCAACAUUUUGUACAGGCCAAAAAUAUGCAACUCUUUUGGUGGAGGGUCUAUCACCUGGUUGUCUCCAUGGAGAUUGCUUGGUCUAGAAUGUUUCACAGUAUGGCAUUAAACUUGUCUGUCUGCAUGGUGACACGUGACGCCACCAGGCCAAGGUACAAGUCAGCUCUGUGGACAGGUGCCUCCGCUUACAGUAAGACAGCAUGUUUUCAAGUUCUACAUU